AUGUUGGAUAUUGGAGCUACUGGGCGCCAGAGCGACGGUGGUAUUUUCUCAUCGAAAAUGAGAAAAUAUUUUGAAGAAGACAGAAUGGGAGUGCCAAAUCUGGUAUCUGUAUUGGACAGCGAUACUGUUCUUCAUUUUGUUGCAGUUGGAGAUCAAGCAUUUCCCUUGACAACAUAUUUAAUGACACCUUAUCCUGAAAAUAACAAAUUGUCACUUGAUCAAAGAAUUUUCAACUACCGUUUAUCGAGAGCUCGAAGAAUUAUUGAAAAUACAUUUGGAAUCCUUACUGCAAAAUGGAGAAUACUUCGAAGAACAAUAGACGCAAAUAUAGAAACAAUGUAA